GGCUAAAAUGCACCCCCUGGCUUGAGGCCAAUCAAGCGCGCCACUUGCCGGCAGCACUAAGGCUAGUCCCUCGUUUUCCCGCAUAACCCGCAUAAAUAACAUUCACAAGCAAGCAACUUUCAGAUCUUGUCACCAUGACAUCCAAACAGACAGUUUGGAAUGGAGAUACCCUGUGGCAGCUAUUGAUUGUCUUGUUUCGGCUCCGAAAACCUUGCAUCUGGAUCUAGACUCCCUGGUUUCCUAUUAUUAAACUUCAACUUUACUUGUGGUAUUGUCGGCAGCAUCAGUUAGACCACCCACCAGAGUUUGGUUCCAUUUGAGGCCAGUGUUGGCAAGAUGAAACCCGACCCCGAUAGUGUCAACCCUGCAUCGACGGUGCCCCGCCAUAUUGCUGAAGCCAAUAAUAAGGUGCAGCAGCCAAAGACGCAGGAGACCCGCCAACGAGGAGGGGCACGAAAGCAAAAAUUGACCGCACUACCAGCAUUUCUCGCUGGUGUUAUACUUGGACUCCUCCUCCUCCUUCUCCUUCCAGCCCAACAAGCCGCUUCAGCCAAAAAGUCUCUCUUACCCAAGAUCUUCAACCCGGAACCCGAGUUUCCUCACACAGACCAGCAGCCCUCAUUCAAUAGCUUCGUUCAGAUCGAACAGACUAGCACAAUGUCUUCUUCCGAGCAAACCUUCAUUGCCGUCAAGCCCGAUGGUGUCCAGCGUGGACUGAUCGGCCCCAUCAUCAGCCGCUUCGAGACCCGAGGCUUCAAGCUCGUCGCCAUCAAGCUUGUCACCCCCGGCAAGGAGCACCUUGAGAAGCACUAUGCCGACCUCAAGGACAAGCCCUUCUUCGCUGGCUUGAUCUCCUACAUGAACAACGGCCCCAUCUGCGCCAUGGUCUGGGAGGGCCUUGACGCCGUCAAGACCGGCCGUGCCAUCCUCGGUGCCACCAACCCUCUUGCCUCGGCCCCCGGUACCAUCCGUGGUGACUACGCCCUCUCGAUGGGACGCAACAUCUGCCACGGCUCCGACAGCGUCGAGAACGCCAAGAAGGAGAUUGCCCUGUGGUUCAAGGAGGGUGAGGUCCUUAAGUGGAAGUCUGCCAUGCACGACUGGACCUACGAGGAGUAGGCAGUAGGCUAGUUGAUAUAGGAUCUGCAAGCCAAUGCCAAAAAUGAGCGUACAUAUUCCGAAUAGAAUCA